CCAUGAUCCAACACUGCUAUUGUGACCCGUCUUUUUCCCCACUUAACCAGACAAGAUGGUGUUCCCCUGUGAUGAGCGGAGGAGGAGGGGGGUCCUCUGGUCUGCCUGGCACUGGGGUAGAGAAUGUGAAGAGGGCAAAGAUUAUCAAUCUGUGACACUAGUACAGUCUCUGUGGUGAUCGUGACAAACGUGGACGGGCUACGUAUACAACCCCCAGCCAGGAUGUCAACAUCACUAUGAUUUCUCUACUUGCAGUGAGUAUUACACAGUGGAAGUGCCUGCGUCUCUGCAGAUGGGUCCUUGCAGUUUUUCUGCCUCCAGCUUGAAGUCAGGAUACUGAGAAGAGUUGAAAGCAGCUUGAGCAAAUGAAAUGUACAACUUAACUGGUGGAAGAUUCUCCCGGAAACUGGAUUAUUUUUACAUGGAACAUCAUUUAUUCAGAAUGGAAACAUGGACAAGACCAAGUAACUGAUCUUCCAAACUAACCAUUGUAAUGCUUUGGCUAAGGUUGUGUGAUGGGAUGCAGAUGGAUGGAGAGCAACACAUGACACUCAUUUAAGUCCAAGGGACUUUUCACAGAAGUUUAGCUGAAGCCCAGGAUGUUUAAUACGGUUACCAUAUUGGUUGUUGUAAAUAGAAGAGUUACUGUUAAAUUCAUGUUGUUGAACACUUUUAUACGGUUGUAUUUUGAUCAUUGACUUGAAAUACAGCACAAUCUUACAAGGCGGUUGUGGAUUGGCGUUGGGACCACUGCCACACCUGAGAUGCAGACCUUCUACCAGCCCCGCCACACCAUCCAUCACCCUUCUGAGCUCUACCUGGACCCCACGCUGAUGCAGCGUCGUGUCGUGGAAGAUCAAGUGGAGCUUUGGUGGUUCAGAGAGCCACGCCACUCCCUUUUGUGUUACUGUGCCUCGGUGGCCCUCAUAGUGGGGCUGGGCCUGGGUGGUGUGGGCCUCCUCUCCUCCACCACCACCAGCCUGUCUGGCGAGUGGCGCCUUGGGGUGGGUACGACCCUCUGCUUAUUAGCCCUGGCUGUUCUGCUCAAGCAGCUUCUCAGCUCUGCCAUACAGGACAUGAACUGUGUGCACAGCCGACGUCGGAUCGACCAGCUGAAGAGCGGCGGGAGGGCUGACCCAGCGCUGAUCUUAGCUGUGGGGCUGGCAGUGAUGGUCUGUGGGACAGUGCUUCUCUGCGUAGCCACAAUUGGCAACCAAGGUCAUGACAGCAGGGAAAUGUUGGUGUCUAGUCUGGUGCUGAUGGCUGCUGGGACAGGCAUGGCUCUAGCUGUGGUGGGCUACAGUGUGCUCAUCUACCUUAAAAGAAGAAGGGAGCAGAGGGAUGAUGAUGAUGAUGAUGAUGAGAAUGAGCAGAGUGAGAAGGUUGGGCAGCCGAGCUGUCAGGGUGUUCAGUGUGUCAGGAGGACAGACGAGCCAGGCCAGGAGAGAGACAUCCUCCAGCAGGACCAGCCUGAUCUGAAUGGACUAAAUGGGCGAAAUCACUGAGAGAAAGGUUGUAACAAAACAGUUGAUGGAUCAGUAAUCCUUCUGCAUGUUUUUACUGGCUGGAUGCACCAUUUUCAUACAACUGAGUAUUUGUGGUUGAAAUUAUAGACUCUUAUUAUACUGUAAGUUAUAGCAAAUCAAAAUAUUACUGUUUCACAUUUUUUCUGUAUUCAUAAUAUUUGUUUUCACUGACUCAAAGAUUAGAAAGUUAGCAAAGUAAAUGAAAGAAUGGAUAUGACAUUUGAAGUACAUUUCUAAUAAAAUGAUUUCAGACUAUACGUACAAAUGCUUUAAAAUAUCUUUUGCCAUCUUACAUGAACACACUCAAGUUCCUGCCUUUCGCACACGCUGGGCACUUUUAGGCUGAAACCUGUAACUUUCUUUACAUUCAGACUACACAAAAACAAUAAAGUGUCAAGUUGUUUCAUUCA